AUGGAAGUACUAAGACUUACUAUGAAUAUGAGGGCAAGAGCAGAUAAAUAUUUCGGUGACUUCCUCCUUAGAGUUGGCAACAAGGAGCAACCAACGUCAGAUGAUGAUUUAAUAAUGAUACCAGAGCAAAUGGUGGUGAAACAUAGAGAUGAAGAAAGUUGUGAGGAGGAAUUGAUUGAUGCCAUAUUCCCGUCUUUGAAGGAAAAUUGGAGCUUAGUAGAAUACAUGACAAAACGAGCAAUCUUAGCAACAACGAAUGAGUAUGUGGACGAACUCAAUCCAAAGAUGAUACAAAUAUUUCCCAAAGAACGCAAGAUUUUUGCUAGUUUUGAUGAAGCAGUAGAUGAUACAAACAAUUACUAUCAAGAGGAAUUUCUAAACCCUCUACUGCCAAAUGGACUACUGCCACAUCGACUUGAACUGAAAGUGAAUUGCCCGAUAAUACUCUUGAGAAAUUUAGAUCCAUCUAAUGGAUUGUGCAAUGGAACAAGGAUGAGGAAUCUCGAUGUCAAUUACAAAAGUCUUGGUGAAGUCAAACAAAAUGAAGAGGAAAAAGGAACAUACGCGAAGAACAUAGUGUACAAAGAAGUGUCAUUGCCACAAAGUGAACCAGUUAAUGAAUGA